CAAUACGCGCAAAGAAUUCUGGGACAUCUGUCCCAAGUGCGGUUGCUGUACUACCAUGAGCGUUUGUUUUGUUUGUUUUGAAAUGGAAAAACUACACGAGCUUAAUUUACCAACUCUGAAUAAGUAGUGAACGCACUGAAGUCUCAACACAGGACGUUCAUCGCGACGAGACUUAAAUUGUUGAAUCUUAGUUCCCGGUGAAUCUCUUCUCUCGAAGUCUCUCGAGCUAGUUUAGCUUGCUAGCAGCUAACAAAGAGACGCGUUUGUUAGCAUCGCCUGGCUAAUCGGCGCUCAAGUGGGAGUCUACGGCGUUGUGAUAUCGUGUGGAAAUGUGUACAAGAAAGACUGCGGACUACAAGGAGGAACUUUUUGCAACGGCCGAGGAAAACGAGACACGACGCUUCCAAGUUUUCCAGCAGCCUCGAGAUGUGCUCCACAGAGCAGCCACCGUUUUUGAAGAUCUUUGCCCGGAUCAACAUGAACCAGAGGACCUCCACAUUAAAGAGGAAGAGGAGGAAGAGCCACUCUGUGUUAAAGAGGAAGAGGAGGAAGAGGAGGAAGAAGAAGAUCAGCUCCACUACAAUAUAGAAGAUGAGGAAGACGAACCAGAGAGCCCCCGCAUCAAAGAAGAAGACAUCACCGAUUUGCCAUUGACUGUUGUCUAUUUGGAAAGUGAUGAUGAUGACGACGACGAAGGUCAAAGUGAGAAGAACGGAGGGACAGAGCUUCGAAGGAGCAGCCAAAGGCACCGCAUGACAACAGGAGGUCAUGGCGACCACUGUAGAGGCUCACAAGCUGACAGCCUUUUUGCUCCACUAUCAGAUAGUGACGACAUGUCAUCACACGUUCCUGAUGGCGACGACGACGACGACGACGACGACAAUGAUGAUGACUAUGAAGCUGGAGAUGAUGAUAAUGAGGAGGAUGAGGAUGAGAAGGAUGAAUACAUAAAAGACGAUGUGACGUGUCACACUGAGAAAAAACACUGGAAAUGUUCGGAGUGUGGAAAAACAUUAAGCACCAAGCGUGUUUUGAAAGAACAUAUGAGAAUACACACUGGAGAGAAACCUUUUGCCUGCUCAGUUUGUGCUCAACGAUUCUCUUUUAGGGAAAACUUAAAAAUACACACAAGAACACACACCGAGGAGAAACCUUUUGAGUGUUCUUUUUGUGGUAAAAGAUUUACUCAAAAGACAAAUUUAAAAAAACACACACGAACUCACACAGAGGAGAAACCGUUUGUCUGCUCAGUUUGUGGGAAACAAUUUACUCAGAAGUCUAAUUUAACUACGCACACAAGAACACACACUGGAGAAAAACCGUUUGCAUGCUUGCUUUGUGGUCAAAGAUUCUCUGUAAGGGGAAACUUAAGACGUCACACAAGAACACAUACUGGAGAGAAACCUUUUGUCUGCUCAGUUUGUGAUCAAAGUUUCUCUACAAAGCCAAACUUAACGAGACACGCGAGAACGCACACAGAAGAGAAACCUUUUGCCUGCUCAUUUUGCGAUGAAAGAUUCACUUUACAGACCAGUUUAAUUACACACACGAGAACGCACACGGGGCAAAAAACAUUUGCCUGCUUGGUUUGCGGUAAAAGAUUCUCUGUCAGGGGAAACUUAACAAGACACGCCAGAACACAUACUGGCGAGAAACCUUUUGCUUGCUCUGUUUGCGGUCAAAGAAUGUCGACAAAGGCAAAUUUAACAACGCACACACGAAAGCACACUGGGGAAAAACCCUUCAGCUGCAGCAUCUGUGAAAAACGUUUCUUAAGUAAGGCUUACGUUACAAGGCACAAGUGUACUGGUGACAACAGUAGUGAUCAAUGAAGUUUAAUAGGCUGUAAAAACUGAGUAUUCACGGUGAGCUGGAAAGUGUUUGUGAUCCUGGAUCAAGUAUGACAGUGUAUUUUGGUGAUGUUAAGAUGCCAAAUCAAUAAAUUAAUCAAUGACAAAAGACCCAUGGUGUAUUGUAUCCCCAUCUGCAGUGUUUUGAGUUUUUACAAAAGUUGACAUACUGCCAAGAUGGGCUUGAAUGUCAAUUUAAUUUUUUGUUUUGUUGUUUUUUUGGGCAGUUUCUGUGAACCAUUCAUUUCCCAAGGGAGGAUACUUGUGCCCUGUACUUUGCAUGGACUUUUAUAAACAAUAUUUGGCGAUACAUGUUAUCAUUUACUUUGGAGUUGUGUGUUUGUGCGCGCGCAUGCGUGUGGGUGCACGACUGGAAUGAAAUAUGAAUGAUGUAAAAAAUUAUUUUAUUGCAAUAAAAAAAACAGUACACAUUUAUUUUCUCCUAAUAAUCAACAACUGUCCUUGCCCAUCUUUGUCAUGAUUGGUGUUUAUUUAGCACUCGAAGGUGAACUUUACUUGAAUACUGACACACAGGACAAAAGACAAACAUUUAAUCUACGAAAACCAAAAUGAUCAACCGAAUCAUACCGUUUUGUGUAACGAAAGUCCUCCAAGUAAAUUCUCGUGUGAUGGAACACGCCACAGACGGGUACUGUACUUUCUGUUUCUUGGCUGGAUUGUCUCCACAAAAGGUCAGACGAGGAACAAUAUGCAGAAAGAAAAUUGAGCUCAGUAAUGCCGCCGCUGUUUAGACUGCAAUGUUAUGUUCUUUUUAUUUUCAUUUUUAUAUGAGGGGCCGGCCCGAUAGUCCAGUGGUUAGCACGUCGACUUCACAGUGCAGAGGUACCGGGUUCAAUUCCAGCUCCGGCCUCCCUGUGUGGAGUUCGCAUGUUCUCCCUGGGCCUGCGUGGGUUUUCUCCGGGUGCUCCGGUUUCCUCCCACGCUCCAAAAACAUGCGUGGCAGGCUGAUUGAACACACUAAAUUGUCCAGGUGUGUUGCAACAGGGAGACUUGGAAAACAUGCAGGACAGCAGCCCUCCAGGACCUGAGGAAAUGCUUUACUGGAAAACUCACAUAUAAAACAGAACAGAAUUAAAUAUUGCAUGUGUAAACACCAAAAUCCUCCGCUAAUCCAUUUAUCUUCAUCUACCUAAAGUCCACUGUGCGUAGAGUCAUGCUAAGAGAAAAUGCACAGAUGUGAGCGGAGUAGUCAGAGCAGAAAACCUUCAAACAAUUGCCACUUUAUAGAACAAAAAGAGCAUACGGCAAAACUUAAGACACGUAUCACUGGAGCUUGUCGGGGGUAGGGACAUACUUGGCCUCAUUUUCUCACUGUUCAUUAGACUGCAGCAACAUCCAGUAGAGCUCAGUGCUGCAGACAAUCGUCACAAAGCAUCGCCCCACAAGUGUUGUGGCUUGUCAAAAUACAUUUCGUGCAAAUGCACUCACUUCAGUGUCCUUAUUUUUGUUUUGUUUAUUUUAAACAAAAUUCUACCAUCAAACUUGCCUGUAUAGUGUCCAAAGAUAACACUGCACCAAAUGGGGCUGCUUUGCUCAGUCAGGAACAUGGUGUCAUGAAUUGAUACCGGGUUUAAAAAAAAAUACAAUAAAAUCUCAAGACCACCAAAGUAUUCCAAAGCAGUCAUUGUCACGUGUAAACUUAUCCUAAUGCGGAGCUUCCGCGAGCAUCAUGUGACCAUCCUCUUAAGCUCCUCCCACUCUCUCUCCUAGGCCUGGCAGCACUCAUGGCAAGAACGUAGUCAGAAAUGGAACAUGAGCUGCUUCAAGAUCCGUACUUUGCGUAGGAUCACGCGUACGCGUUUCCAUCUCAGCUCAAAGUGAAAGUUUCUUGAAAUUUUUUUGCAAAGCUUCAUUUCCCACUGCUAUUUUCACCGGCACACUUGUGUCUCUUAACGCGAUCCUUACGAGUGAAUCUCUUUUCACACAGGCUACAACUGAAUGGUUUUUCACCAGUGUGUAUUCUCAUGUGUUUCUCCAAUAUGCACCUUUGCGUGAACUUUUUACCACAAACUGAGCAUGAAAACAGUUUCUCCCCAGUGUGCGUUCUCGUGUGUCGAACCAAUCCCGUGCGAUCAAUGAAGGUUAAGCCACAGACCGCGCAAGCAAAAGGUUUCUCUCCGGUGUGCGUUCGCGUGUGCCUUGUCAAACAUGUCUUCACGUGGAAUCGUUUACCACAAACUGAACAGGCAAAAGGUUUCUCCCCAUCGUGCGUCCGAGUAUGCCUUAUUAAACACGUUCUCACAGUGAAACUUUUACCACAAACUGAGCAGACAAAUGGCUUCUCCCCAGUGUGUGUCCGUGUGUGUGUUCUUAAACUCCCCUUUAAGGAGAAACUUUUACCGCAAACUGUACAGGCAAAGGGUUUUUCGCCAGUGUGUGUUCGUGUGUGUUUUUUUAAAUCUGCCUUGAUACAGAAUCUUUUCUCACAAACUGAGCAGGAAAAGGGUUUCUCCCCAGUGUGUGUUCGUGUGUGUUUGAUCAAAUACGAACGCCUUCCAAAACUUAAGUUGCAGACGGAGCAGACAAAAGGUUUCUCUCCGGUGUGGAUUGUCAUGUGAUACGUUAAGGUACUCUUAUGAGUCACUUUCAGGCCACAAAGUGAGCAGGAAAAAGGUUUCUCUUUCGUGUGCAUCCGCAUGUGGAUGUUCAAAUGUCCCUUAUGACUAAAUCUUUUGCCGCAAACGGAGCAGGCAAAAGACUUGUCUCGAUUGUGCGUUCUGGUGUGUCGUCUCAACG